AGUAUCGAAAAAAAAACCAACGAUCAAUCGAUUUUUAAUCGAUUGGAGAUCGAGGUCGAGCGUAUGACGAUCUGAUGCGCAGGUGCGCGGGCGCGGGUGCAGUGUGCACUUUCGAAGAACGAGUACAUACACCGCACCGACCGGACAUCGUGGCUGCCUUGACACUUAUUUUGAACGCGCGACUUCAUGCAUGUAAUUGCGCGGUAAUUGGUAUGCAUCAGGCACUCGUGUAUCCUGAUGGUUAAUUCUUCUCGAUAGGUAGAUAAGAUGAAGAGCGAUAAUUCAAACUCGAUAUUACGGACGAAAAGACGGAUCAGUGCCCGAUCAAACAUCGCGAGAACAAGCUGGACUGAGGAGAAUCGGUGACAAUGGACGUAUUUAAGAGAAAGAAUUCCGAAAAUGAAAUUCGAGAUCACCCGGAUAAUCAGAGCAAUGCCGAGGCGCAAGAAGAGAAACCGAAGUAUCCCAAAGCGGUGUUCUUCAUUAUCAGCAAUGAAUUUUGCGAGAGAUUUUGUUAUUAUGGAAUGCGCACCGUCCUGUCUUUGUACUUAUUUAACAUGUUGGAAUAUAGUCAAGACACAUCUACAAUAAUCUAUCAUGUCUUCUCCUGUUUGGUCUAUUUCUUUCCGAUAUUUGGUGCGAUACUAUCCGAUUCGUGGCUCGGAAAGUUCAACACUAUAUUUUAUUUGAGUAUUGUUUACGCGCUUGGACAAGUGAUUCUAUCUCUGAGUGCGGCAGGGAGUGCAGCAUUACCCAGUGCACCCUCAAAGGAAUUUUCUAUGGUAGGUUUAUUCCUAAUAGCACUUGGUACAGGCGGAAUAAAACCUUGCGUAUCGGCCUUCGGUGGCGAUCAGUUCAUCCUACCUCAGCAAGAACGACAAUUAGCAACGUUCUUUUCUCUCUUCUACUUCUCUAUUAAUACAGGUUCCCUAAUUUCAACUUUGCUGACUCCGGUGAUUCGUGAAACACAAUGCUGGAAAAAAGAUUGUUACUUCAUAGCAUUUUUAGUACCAGCCAUUUUAAUGAUUCUAUCGAUUGUGAUAUUUGUUUUGGGAAAAAGACUGUACAAAAUAGUGAGUCCCACGGGAAAUCUCAUCGUUAAAGUUUCCAAGUGCAUUUGCCAUGCGAUUUACAAUAAAAUCAAAGGCAAAGGAGAGAAACGUGAUCAUUGGCUCGAUCAUGCCAAUGAUACUUAUGACAGCAAACUGAUCGAAGAUAUAAAAAUUGCACUGCGGGUCCUGAAAUUAUUUGUACCACUGCCAAUAUUCUGGGCGCUGUAUGAUCAGCAAGGCUCUCAAUGGACAUUCCAAGCAACACGAAUGGAUGGGCAAAUAGGUAGUUUUGUGCUGCUACCCGAUCAAUUGCAAGCCGUCAAUCCAUUGUUGAUCAUUAUUUUUAUACCAAUCUUUGAGACUUGUAUCUAUCCAAUUUUCGCCAAAAUACAUUUCAUCGAUACGCCCUUGAAGAAGCUCGUUGUUGGCGGAUUUUUGGCCAGCGUUGCUUUUGUUGCAGCCGGUAUUGUUGAAUUAGAAAUCGAGAAAACAUAUCCAAAAUUACCGACAGAUGGAUUCGCUCAAAUACGAAUUUUUAAUACAAUGGAUUGUAGCGUGAGCAUAAAUAUGAUAAACCAAGAUCCCAGCUCAGUACCCCCGCUAAAUAUGGUAGAAUUUUUAGAAGUAAAAGCAAAUGGGAAAAUUACAAUACCCUAUACAGCAAAUUUUACAGACUGCAUUAAUAAGGGCUAUGAAAAAUUGCGAGACCCAAAAGAAUUCGAAAUUACGGGCGAGGAGAAAACUGCAACAUCUUUGGUUUUAACGCCAUUAGGAUUAGAACAUAAAUAUACGGACACGGUAAACAAGCACGAUAAGGGCAAUCCGAUGGUUCGUGGUCUUAUAUAUCUUGCGUCCGAUUUAAAUAACGCUAAAUUGGAAUUGCGUAAGGAUAAGACAGUAGUAAUGUCAAUUCCGAUCAUCAGUUCAAAUUUUUCACAAUCAGAGUUAGAAAAACUCGAAACUCCAAGCGAAUAUGACAUCUACCUAGAUGAAAAACUACUACAAAAAAACGUGCCUUUUAAAUCCGGUGGAGUGUACACCAUAGUGGGUUCUCUUAUGCACGAAAACGAUCAGCCAAAAAGCAAUACAGUUGCGGUUACGCCACCUAAUUCACUGCACAUGGCCUGGAUGUUGCCGCAGUAUGUCAUCAUCACGAUGGCCGAGGUAAUGUUCUCCGUGACGGGUUUGCAGUUCGCCUUCACUCAGGCACCAGUGAGCAUGAAGUCCUUGCUCACAGCAGGUUGGCUGCUGAGCGUGGCUUUCGGCAAUCUUAUUGUAGUGAUCAUAAAGGGUGCGCGUCCCUUCGAGCGGCAAGUAUUCGAGAUUUUUUUAUAUGCUGGUUUGAUGGCGGUAGUUAUAGCGUUAUUCGCCGUGAUGACCAUAUUCUACAAAUACGUAGAAAUAUCAGAAGAAGAAGAUACUAAUGAAGUCAUAUCCAUGGAAGGAAAGGUUGGAAAUAUCAAUUCAGCCUAUAAAGAAGAUGAAAAAUGACAGUAAAAGACGACUGAGUGAGAAAUAAAUAAUUUCCACGUAUUCCCUUAUUCGAAGAGAAAGGGAACACGUUCUGUAUCUUAUUAGAAGAUAUCUUGUAAGUGAUGUGAUUGCUCGUACAUCGAAAGUUCAUUCGUUUCUAUUGAGCAUCUAUUAGCCUCGAAAAGUACGAUCAACAACAGGAAUCUUCUUUUUCCCAACACAUAAUCUCACUUUUUUGUGAAAAAAAAUCAUGACAGACUGAAGAUGCAAAUUCUAUAAUAGCAAAUAAUGCAUUUUAAUUAGAAAGGAAAAAAGAGUGAAUGUCUAGAGAAGUCUAGAGUAACGACAUAUUUUAUACUACAGGGUAAAAGUUAAAAUUUCAGAAAUUAUAAAUAAGAAACGUUAAUAGACAUUAUAUUUUUACAAGAGAUUAUAGCCAAUAAAUUGUUAUUAAAAUUGUACUAUGAAUGAUGAAUUCAAACCGGUGAGGUAAAAAUUAUACAACUAGGAAUUUUUAUAAAAUGAAAUUAAAAAAUUAAUUAUAUGA